GGCAGGGCGCGAGGUAUCAUGGAGGAUCAGUAGGCAGCGCGAGGCCAUCAGAGAGGAGAGCAGCUCGCGCUCUGAUCCCGGGACUCUCGUUAACCGUUAAACCGGCACAUCACCGAGACACCAAGACACGGCUCAGCAUGGACAUGAAGAAGAGGAUCACCCUGGAGCUGAGGAACCGGAGCCCGGCAGAGAUAGCGGAGCUGGUGGUGGACAACAGUCGCUCCGCGGACGGGGAGGUUGAAGGACUGACGGACGCCUUCGCAGAGCUGGAGUUCCUCAGUAUGGUCAACGUGGGUCUGAGCUCGCUGGCCAAGCUGCCCUCACUGCCCAAACUACGCAAGUUGGAGCUGAGUGACAACAACCUGUCUGGAUCUCUGGAGACGCUGUCAGAGAAAUGUCCCAACCUGACCUACCUCAACCUGAGCGGGAACAAGAUCAAGGAGCUGAGCAACGUGGAGGCGCUGCAAAACCUGAAGAGCCUGCAGAGUCUGGACCUGUUCAACUGUGAGAUCACGUCCCUGGAGGACUACCGGGAGAGCGUGUUCGAGCUGCUGCCUCAGGUGACCUACCUGGACGGCUUCGACCAGGAUGACAACGAGGCGCCCGACUCCGAGGCCGAAGACGACGACGAGGACGGCGAGGACGGAGCCGGGCCGACCGGCGACUUCGACGAGGAGGACGACGAAGAUGAGGAUGAGGACGGCUCGGAGGGAGGAGAGGUGGGGUUGAGCUUGCAGGUGAACCGAGCCAAUCAGUCACUGAAGCGAAACUCUUCUUCCUCAUCUUCUGUCGCUUCCUCUAAGGACGAGGACGACGACGAGGACGACUAUGCAGAGGAGGAAGAGGAAGAAGAUAAGGCCGGCGUUCAGGGAGAGAAGAGGAAGAGAGACGUGGACGACGAAGGCGAGGAUGAUGACGACGACGACGACGACGACGACGACUAGUCCUCCGGCUGGUCUGUGUGUCGUCCUGUCCUGUUUCUGUCCGUCUCAGUCCACCUCCGGACCCGACCUCCGGACUCGACCUCCGCCAGACAAACGACAACUACAACAACAACCGCGGCAGCAACAGGAACUGUGUGAUCUCAGAUAGUUUGUUUCAGUUUGUAAUAGAAUCUCACUUCUUUAUUUUUAGAUAAUAUAUAAGAAGAUUUUAUCAGCUCAAGAGUCCACAUGAUUCCCUUUAAAACCUGGUUCAGGGUCACAGUCUGUCCCCCUUCCUCAUCCUGAUCCUCGUCUCAACGUCUCACUGGAAGUCUGGCAGCGAAUCUACCGUUCCAAACUAAACUGAAAGGUCUGACUUCCUGUUAGCAGAGUGAUGUCACUUCCACGCUCAGAUUUCGGUGUUGUGGCUCUUCCUGCUCGUAUCAAGCUGUCGAGGUGUACUUUCCACUUCAGGGACCGGACGGACGCUGACUCACUCUGGGAAAAACAAACCGCUGGUGCACUAAAAGUCCAGUUCAGACUACAAGACUUGAGUUCCCGAUACGUCUUUUUAAACUGCAAACAAACAUGGCCGACACAGAUCAGGAAGUGUCCUGACGAGUAGUUUAAAGUCACUGAUCUGCCGUCAUAAAAUCCUGUGGUUGGUCUCUUUGGUUUCAAGACCACAAACGAACCACCAGAGUUCGCUUGGACCCGGACUGAGAACCUCCUUUUUGGGUCGGUCUCGGUCCAGUUUGAUUGGCAGCUUGACACCAGGCUAAGCUAACCAGACUAACCGGGCUCCAUUUAACAGAACCAAACAAAGUCCAGGAGUCCUCUUGUAAUCAGUAAAUGUCUGGGACUCUGAGGUUUUGAAAGUCUUGUAUUCUGCUCUGGACUUUACAUUCUCCGAGCUGGACCCGCCGUCACAAACCUCCCGACGUUAAUCACAGCUUACACGUCAAAACCACCAAAGUCUUGAUCCACCGUGAGCGUACCAACGUGGAGCUUUAGAGAAGAUUUUACCUUCAACAACACGGAGACGAUUCAGCACAAACAGGAAGUGAAGAGCGUUCUCAGGAGAGCACGUCAUCCGUCCGUCUUCCUGAGCUUCAAACCGGAGGGACAGACGGACCACAUCCAAUCUGAUCCACGACCUUUAAGAAUACCCGUUCAGGAGGACCAGAACCCGGUUCUUCUUGCAGCCAUAUCUGAUUCUGGACUCUAACAGGAGAGGAGAGCGCCCCCUUCAGGACCUCAACACCCAAUCAGGGACGUCACAUGUUUCAGGAUCUUCCGUCAUGUUUUAACCCUUUAGUCCCUGAACUGAGUAGUGACCCCGUUGACUCUCUGCCCCGUUAGAACCGAGCAGACCUGCUGUAGCUCAGGUCCUCAUAGGAGAUCAUGUUCCCAGUGUGUGUUUGACUUAUUGUAGGGAUUCUCCAGGGAAGAUUAGGGGGCGGGUGGGAGGAAAUAUUAGUUCUGAUGUGUUUGUUUUUCUGACCCGUUUUUUGUCCCUGAACACAACCCAGUCGCCAGAAAAAAUGUUUGAAUUGUACGUUUCUGCAAAACCACGGAUACGUUGAAUGUCGGCCUUUCUGAACGCUUCAUAUCAACCUCGUAUGGAUCCUUCUGGUGAAAGUCCUGUGUUUGACCGACCCGUCCACAGAGGUCUUUGUUGCUCGUUAUACUCGUUAUCCUACCACGUAACUUUCAAUUACGGUCGCUCGUUGUAUUACAUCACUCACUCUGACCGAAUGCAAGAACGUGGACAUUCAACGUGUCCGUGGUUUUCAGAAAUGUACGACGCCAACAUCGUUUCCUGGCGACUGGGCUGCUGAACAGCAGCUGUUGGUGUUUUUUUAGUUUGGCUCGUCCUCAAACUGCCCGUCCCCUCGUGAUGUUCAGACCGCCGCCGUGUCACGCUACAGGCUCCGCCUCCUGCAAAUGACCCUGAACCUGCAGCUCCUCCUCCUCAGAGGAAACCUUUACAUAGACCAAAACCUGCAGUGCGUUCAGGUGCUCCUCAAGUCAGCAGUUAGAAAUUUUAAUAUUCAACAACAAAAAAACUCAACAGAUUCUGAU